UGAAGUUAAACGUUAAAUUUGAAAUUGUCACCAUUAAGAAUAAUGUUAUUAAUGUUAUUAAUAUAUAAUAUAAAAAUAAUUGUAUGUGUACAAAGUAGCUAGUUAACUUAAAAGUAUUAUUUAUUAUCUUUAUAAUGGGCAUAAAAGGUUUAUGGACAGUUUUGACACCCUUCAGCGAGAAGAAAUCUUUACACGAAAUUCGUGGAGAAACUGUUGCUGUCGAUUUAUCAGGAUGGGUUUGUGAUAGUCAAAAUGUGACCGAUUAUUAUAUACAACCCAAGUUAUAUUUAAGAAAUCUAUUCUUCAGAACUGUUUACUUGUUACUUGCUGACAUAAGUCCAGUAUUUGUGCUCGAGGGUGAAGCUCCAGAACUAAAGCAAGAUGUUAUGGCUGCCAGAAAUGCUAUACAGUUCCGAGGUGCUGCACCAAAGUCUGAUGCUGCUAAAGCCAAAGCUCCAAAUGUAUCAAGAAAAAGAUUUAAAGGUGUAUUAAAAGAGUGUGAAACCCUAUUGAAGAGCAUGGGCGUGAGAUGUGUUAAAGGACGAGGGGAAGCUGAAGCUACUUGUGCAAGACUGAAUGCUAAAGGUCUCGUGGACGCAGUGGUGUCUCAGGAUUCCGACUGUUUCGCGUACGGAGCUAAGCGUGUGUAUCGUAACUUCAGCGUGUCGAGCGCGGCGGGGGGCGGCGCGAUGCAGGGUUCAGUCGAUUGCUAUGACGCUGAGAAAAUGUUUAACAGUAAUGGUUUUGGUCGUAAGAAAAUGGUGGCGCUUGCUCUGUUGUGCGGUUGUGAUUAUGGGGUCGGAGCUUGUGGUUCGUCAAUUACCACUGCAGUUGCUUUCCUUCAUACUGUACCUGAAGAUCAGAUCAUAUUCAGAUUAUUAUCCUGGGUGAGUGACCCGCAACACUACGAAGAGCAAACCCGUUGGUCGUCGGCGCCCGGCCGCUGCGACCGCUGCGGGCACGUGGGACGAACGCACGCCAAGAACGGCUGUCCCGUUUGCGUCACUCAUCGGGGUUGUACGGACGUAGGUCACAAGUCCAAAGUAGCGGAAGUAAAACGUGAACUAUCGCUCCGUAACCGUGCCCUGUCGUCUGGAAUGCCUUUCCCUGAGCCGAAAGUUAUGAAGGAAUUCCUGGAUACCACACCAGAAGAUAUAGAUCUCGACAGCUUGAAGAUUCCAACUCCGAGUUUAAUUCAAUUUGUGAAAAUUAUGUCCAAGAAAUUGGACUGGUCCGAAAGAUACUGUGUCGAGAAAUUUCUACCGUUACUAACAAAAUGGCAUCUUCAAGAAUAUGUAACUUGCAGAACGAUAAAACCUAUUGAAAUUAAGAAAAAAAGAAAUCCUCGAGGAGUUCCCAGUUACGAAGUCUUGUGGGCCGAUAUUGAUGGACAGUAUGACGCUCUUAUACCGGACGACCAGUUUGAAGAAGGUGAAGAUACACAAGGUCCAUGGACAUCAAUAGAAAGACAAGAUCUUAUGCGACGCUAUUAUCCAGAUUUAGUUGAAAAGUAUGAAGAGUCUAUCAAGAAGCCACCGAAAGAGAAGAAGACAAGAGGAAGAAAGAAGAAAGAUCCAGAUUCUGAAGAUGUUGAUCAGAAUGUUAAACCGAAGAGGAAAUACAACAGAAAACCGAAACAAGUUAAAGAUAUAGCAAUGUCUCACCUCAAUGAAUCCAUGAAAAAUUUAAGCUUAACGAACAAAGAUUUGAACUGUAGCAAAGCGCAUGUCAGUGUAUGCGUUAAUAGACUUAAGAGAAAAAUGAAAAACAGUACAAAAACAAAAGUAAAAAAUACAAUUGAUAGUUAUUUAAAACCGCUUAAGAAAAGAAAGUCGAAACUAACAGAGACAUUGAAUAAUAGCGUUACGAAUAUUGCCAUUGCAAAUAACUCUUUGGAUAAUAUUUUGGGAGAUGUCGAUCAUAACAAGGAGAAUAUAUCGGAUGAUAAACAUUUGCUAAGUAUUCUCGAUAUGAGCGCGGAAGACGUUAAUGAUAUAGAUUUAUCAGAUAUUGUAGAUACUAUCGUCUCUAGAGCACCUAAAGUAACAACAACUAAAGUUAAUAGUAAUCUCGUUAAACUCAUUUUCGAAAAUAAACAAAUAAAUAGAAAAAGUAUAUUUGCCAAUAGAUUACAUCAAAAUUGUUCAACUCCGAAAAGUAGUCCCGUAAGAAAACGUAAUAUGAAUAUUAGCAAGAGAUCCUCAAUUUCAAAAGUAAAUACGAGUUAUUUCUUCGAUAAGAUAACCGAUGAAUGUGAUGCUUUCGAAAUGUCUCUCGAAUAUAAAUACAAUUCAGUACAUUUGGACUGUGAUGCAACCGUAAAUUAUAGUUUGCCAAAAGUUUGUCUAUAG